GAGGAUGGCUCGGUAUCGCGAGAGCCGCGUGCCGCGACCGGAGCGCUGGAUGGCGCUGGCGGGGGCUGGAUGCGCCCACGGCUUGCCCUCCCUCAGCCGUUAAAUCACACGGUGGGACACGCGAGUGGACGGAGACUGGCGGCGGCGGUGACAGACGGACGGACGGACGGCACACGGGGCAAAGUUAAAGUGAAGAGAACAUGGAAGGAGUUUCCACGCGGGAGCAGCAGUGCCACCUAAUCGACAUUUAUCUGACAGAAGCAGCCAAAGGACACCUUGGACAAGCUCUCAUGUCCUUAAACACAAACCACUAAAUCCAAGGAGCUAAAAAAAGAAAGGAAGCAAAAAAAACAAAAACAACAACCACUCACUGCAGCAAGAGGACUGAUUCAGAUUUGUGAAAUACGGCUGGAAAGCGGGAGCAGUUUAUGGGUGCCAAAUCCUCUUCCAGGACACAUCACUUCUCCUCGAUCUACUGUCACCACCUCCCUUGUCUCCAUCCCUUCAUUUCCUCCUCCUCUGCCUUUGUCUCAUUCUCCAUCUUUCUCUCUCAUGGGAGUGACAUAGAGGCCGUCGCUUGCUCUGCUGCCCCGCCCCUUCCCCUUCCCCGCCUCGCCGUGGAAACGGGGGCGUCCGGGUAGUGAUGUCGUGGAAGAGGAACUAUUUUGCAUCAGGCGGCGGAGCAGUAGGCGGGGUGCAGGGGCUGGUGACCCCGAGAACCAUGACCUCGAUUGCACCCAGCAAAGGCCUCAGCAACGAGCCGGGACAGAACAGCUGCUUCCUCAACAGCGCUCUGCAGGUUUUGUGGCACCUCGACAUCUUUCGCCGAAGCUUUCGACAGCUAACGACGCACAAGUGCAUGGAGGACUCGUGCAUCUUCUGCGCUUUGAAGAGUAUCUUUGCUCAGUUCCAGUUCAGCAGUGAGCGUGUGCUGCCGUCAGAUGCACUGCGGAGCGCUCUGGCCAAGACUUUUCAAGACGAACAACGCUUUCAGCUGGGUAUCAUGGAUGACGCUGCCGAGUGCUUUGAGAACCUCCUGAUGCGAAUCCACUUCCACAUCAGUGCUGAGAGUAGAGAGGACAUCUGCACAGCCAAACACUGCAUACCACACCAGAAGUUUGCCAUGACUCUGUUUGAACAGUGUGUGUGUAACAGCUGCGGCGCCACAUCAGACCCCCUGCCCUUCAUUCAGAUGGUUCAUUACAUCUCCACGACAUCCCUCUGUAACCAGGCAGUGAGGAUGCUGGAGUGCAGAGAGAAACCCACACCGGACAUGUUUGGAGAACUGCUCCGUAACGCCAGCAACAUGGGAGACCUGCGCAACUGUCCUAGCAAUUGUGGCGAGGUGUUGCGUAUUCGCCGGGUGCUGAUGAACUCGCCAGAGAUUGUGUCCAUCGGGCUGGUGUGGGACUCGGACCACUCUGACCUGGCAGAGGACGUCAUACACAGCCUGGGGACCUGCCUCCGUUUGGGAGAUUUGUUCUACCGUGUGACAGAGGAGAAGGCUCGUCAGGCGGAGCUCUAUUUGGUGGGCAUGGUGUGCUACUACGGCAAGCACUACUCCACCUUCUUCUUCCAGACCAAGAUACGCAAGUGGAUGUACUUCGACGACGCCCACGUCAAAGAGAUCGGCCCGAAGUGGAAGGACGUGGUGUCUCGCUGUAUCAAAGGCCACUAUCAGCCCCUGCUGCUGCUCUACGCUGACCCCCGUGGGACGCCAGUGAUACUGCAGGAGAGCCCCAACCCCUGUACCAGCUCCAACCCGCAGCUGGAGCUCCAGCACUGCAGCAGCAAGGCUGGUUACGACAGCGAAGACUCUGGCCGGGAGCCAUCCAUAUCCAGCGACACUCGCACCGACUCUUCAACAGAGAGCUCGAGUCACCGCGCCUCUCGGAGCCGCUCUCUCCACCAGUCCACAGGCAGCCACCUCUCCAGUGAAUCCCAGACCACAGUGGUCUGUAAUUACGACAUCGGCACGCCACCGCACACUGUUGACGCCAGAGGUAAAUGCUGGGAAACCCACGAGAGUCAGCAGUGGAGGGUCCCCCGCCCUCCCUCUCCUCCGCUGCAGGAGUACAAGGAGACGGCCGUCUUCCUCCUGUCUUCCCGCCGGCCUCUCACCUCCUCCUCCUCUUCAUCUCGUCCCCUCUCCUCCUCCUCCUCGUCUGGAGUAGGAGGCUGCGAGAGUGGGGCUGGGGGCCCCCACUGGGAGGAUGAAAGCACCAGCAGUGAGAGCAAGUCCAGUUCUUCUGGAGGCCGCUACAGGCCCACCUGGAGGCCUCGGAGAGAGGCCCUGAACAUCGACAGCAUCUUCAUCCGCCAGCGAGCCUCCUCUCUGGGAUACAACACCCUGCCUGGUCCCUCUCAUCCUCCGGAGCCCCGGGACUCCCUCCCCUUGGCGGGACCCACUCCACCCACACAGCCAGGGCUACUGGAGGCGGAACGGAGAGAGAUUGGGGAGUCGGAGACGGGGUUUGGGCUGGUGGGGCAGCCCAGGUCUCUGGGCAGUGGGCGGACGAUGGGUCCCCCUGCCCCUCCGCCUCUGAGAGGGGUGGAGCAUCAGCCACGUCUGAUUCAGAGAAUGGAGAGUGGCUACGAGAGCAGUGAGAGAAACAGCAGCAGCCCCGAUAGGGAGGUGGGGCAACAGAAACGGGUGCUGAUGUCAGGCCCGUCAUGGCGUUCAGUGCCCAAGUCGAAGAGCAGUGGCGCCAUCCUGCAGGAGCUGCCCUCAGCCAGCUGGGGCAGGGGCGCCGCCACAGGCUCAGGGCGCAGCGAGCUGGAUGAGCUGCAGGAGGAGGUGGCGAGGAGAGCCCGCCAGCAGGAGCAGCAGAAGCGGAGGGAGGCAGAGCGGGAGGCAGCCAUGGGAUUCAACCCCAAACCCAGCAAAUUCAUGGACCUGGACCAGCUCCAACACCAGGCUGUGCUCAGACCCCUGCAUGAGGCUAACGCUCAUAGCGGAUUGGCUGUAGCUGCGUGCAUGAGGAGCACUGGGGGCCCAAUCAAACGCAGGCAGGAACAGGAAAUGGAACGGGAGACGGGAAGCGUCCGUCCACAGGGGCCUCACAGUGAACAGCCUGGCCCGGUCCAAGUUCUGCUGACGCCCAAUCAGGAGGAGGAAGAAGACCAGGCAGUGCCCAACCAGGAUUCUGCUCUGGGCCCGGACCCGCCCCUUCCACUCUAUCGGCCGGCUCCCCCUCGCCCCCCUCUCACCCUCAACAUUACUCACCCUUGUGCCCCUUCCAGCCGAGCGAAGGAGGACGAGGGUGGUUGUGUGGGGAGGAGAAGAGAGGAAGAGGAGGUUGGGAGGGAGGGAACAGGGGUGAGGAUGUGCGAGUUGCUGCAGGCAGGGGGGGUGAGCGUCAGACCUCUCGGGAAGCAUCUUGCCAUCUCUCUGCCCUCGCUUCCGUUGCGUCUCUGGGAUACACACACCGCACACUCCACACACCUUGAACCCCCGCACACACACCUUCCCCCUCCACCCUCCGCCCCUCCCUCCCCCCUGGAAGCAACUGGGGAGAGGAAACCUCUCGCGCCUCUCUGGCAGCCUCCGCAGCCCCACUCCCCCGCCGUCGCCACUCAGCACUGGCUGAGGCACGGCGCCGCCUCUGACGGCAGCACACGUCAUUGGUCCUCCUGGAGUUUGGACCGCCCUGAUGCCGUGGUGACACCGUACAGCACACCCCCAGACUGCUGUGUUCCCAUUGGGCCCCGGGUGUCCAGCCAGAACUACAGCUACAGUUGCCAGUCGUCUCCAGGGCACUACAGCUCCCAGCAUGCCCCAGGGCAACACGGUGACCCUCGCUGUGAACACGAAGAGGCUGAGCUGACAGAGCUUGACUCCCUUUACCAGGCCAGUCUACAAGCAGGAAAGACAGGCUGCAGCCCAUCAGAGAGGCUCAUAUCCAGAGUGGGAGGGCAGGCUCGCUCUAAGACCCCCAACGCAGACAUGGAGAGGAGUGUGUACGGGGCAGACUGCACCAGCACCCCCACCUACCUCAACAAGCCAAUGAUGUUGCGUGAUCUGCGCUUUGGGGCGGAGACUGACGAUGGGGAAAAUCGGAGGCAAAUUGGACGCAGCCUGAGUGGCACAGUAGUGACCUCGCGCCGCAGCCGCAUGACUGCAACCCGCAGCUUUGAGCUGUCGGGCAGCGCGGGCAGUUUCUGGCUAUGUCUGACGGGGGUCAAGCUGUCAUCUGACCAGAGUCCUGCUCUGUUCCACUAAUGUCUCACCGCGUCCACUCCCACAUGGGGCAGCGGCACCAGGGUCCUCGAUGGCCUCACCUUGACAGACCAGGCUCAGGAGGAUCAAAUUCAGCUACGAUCCCCAUCUUUCUCCUUCUCCCUCAAACGACAUGCACACGCAAACACAUGCACGCACACAUGCACAUCUGCACUGAUGUAGAGCCUCCCCCUCAGCGCCUGCAGCAACCUGCUUCGCCCCUUUUUGCCUAUUCCCCUCCCCUCCUUUAACCUACUAUUCUGUCUAUGCAGUCACUCUGAACCCAACUACAACCUCAAGCUUCCUCCCCUACUUCCCUGGACUGUUGUUUCUUGUCUCCCCCUUGGUUUUCAGAGGGAUUUCCUGUGUAGCCAGCCUGGCGAGCAUGCCGCGCUCAUAUGGCAUUUUCAGUUUGCCGUUGGUGUCGCAUCGGCCCCGGUCUGACUGGGACCUGAGCUCUCAGCAGACUUGCCCUCUGUCUCACAGGACCCUCAGCUCAGGGGGAAGUUCUUACCAAGUAGCCACGCCUCUUCCUCUUUCUUCACGGGCAUUUCCUGUUGGACGCACACUUAGCCGAACUGUUUCAGAUGGACAGCCAUAUUUUUUCUCUCUCUUUCUUUUCGGGUUUGUCCGUUUGUUUUCUUCUUUCUGUGUGUGCGCACAGUAAACCCGCCCGAGACUGAACUCUCUAACAACUAAAAGUCAUGUACAGAAAAACACAUGUAUGAAACCUGUAUGUUAAUUAAUAAGACCUUAUGGAAUGUUGAUAAUGAUAAUUAACGAAUAUUGAUAAACUUAAAGUGGUACUUCCUCAUGUCUGCAUUUCAAAUACGAGUGGAGUGCACUUCACAAGUGUCUAGCUGGAGUUUCCGCCCCCAAACCGCUCGCCGACCUAAUGACAGCUCUCCCGUUUCUACCGGGAGAUUAAUCAAGAAAAGCGCUUCCUUUUUUUCCUCUGCUUCUUUUCUCUCCUUCUUUCCUUUCUUGCUCUCUGUUAUCCUUGCUUGCUUUCUUCCUUCCUAAUAGGAACCAGUAGCACCAGAAAUAGGCCAGCAGGGAAGGAAAGUCGAGAAGGAAUAAAGGGGAAUAUAGGCUUGGAAAUCCUUCUCUUAGGCUUUAUCCGUGAAACGAGAGAUGACUCAAGUGCGCUUUGCGAGAUUAUUUGGCAGAAGUGCACUUUCCGAAGGCUGUUUGACCGAGAAGCCGUUUGAGAGAAAUCAGUGGUGUUUGUUUUACUUAAAGGCCUCAGGUGAACUUCAGUGGCACUUACGAAUUCACAUUUUGUUGUUUCUUUCUCCCACUGAAGCUGAUUUUGCAAUCUCAGAUGUGAAUAGAAAAAUUGCUCAUCUUCAGCCUGAGACAGUGACAUGUCUAAUAUGAACAUACUUUAUAUGAUAUAUAUGUAUUAGAGGUAUAUUUUCAGCCAGUGAGCUAUCUUCUUUAGAGAUGUCAACCAUUCCUCAGUUAUAUGAACGGUUAUUAUAAUGAACAGGUAAAAAUUAAUUCUCUCCCCGUUUACUGAGUAGCAUUUUGACGUAUGUAGAGAACAUUUAUUAUAUGCUUUAUUAAAUAUUAUAUAAAAAUAACAAAGUCCUUAUUUAAAGAAAAAACUGGCCUAUGUGAAGUUCUUCAAGACUUCAGUGAUGUUGAUUGAUCGAUGUAACUAAACCAAAGGUUGGCACUUAACUCAGAGAGCUUAUUUAGCAUUGACCUUUUGUUUUUUUUCCAUUUAAGUUAAAAUUUUUGUCAAUGUUUUUGGUUUGUUUGUUUUGGAGUUCUGGAUGUGGGAGAAUGUAGCCAAUUGUAGCGCAUGAGUCCGCUAUGCAAAUCAACCUUCCCUCACAAUCCUGUAUCAGAGACAGUCAGGAGGCAGACACACCCACCCACGGGCGCUCUCACAGACUCUGGCCAAGACACUGAGAGGAAGAAGGAGAAUCUCAUGUUUAAUGCUGCUGGUGAACUUUGUUGUUCUGCAUCUACUACUACGUUUCAUUCAAUGGAAUGCAAAAAAGAGCAACAAGGAGAGAUUAAGAUGGAGAGAGAGGAUGAAUGAAUGUAAACCAGGAUGAACGUGUGUGUUUCGCGAAUGGCAUGAUUGUCAGAGGAGGGUAGAGAGUGAACCAGGUACUACUAAAGAUGGUUUAUUGUUAGUGGGUGUGUGCAGACUAUGUGUGUCAGUUCUGGGCUGUUGUUGCUCGGGGAUAGAGGGAACCUGUAUUUUUGCAAUAAAGUUAUUACCAAUGCACUCCCACAGGGGGCGUAACCACCUUAA